AUGGCAGCGUCCCUAUGUGCAGGCGUGCCGCAGGCACUUCCCCCAGAGCUCGAGCACCUCCUCUCUCCCACGCCCUCUCCGGAGGCUUCAGAUGCCGCAGUCAACGCCGUGACUGACUGGCUGGCGCUUCCUGCGCGCGGCGCCGCCACUGGGGGGUCGGCAGCUCUAGUCGCUUCUGAGCGGGCGCCUGCUCAGGAUUCGCAUUCCGCCGCGCCGUCCUCUUCUUCGGCUCCUGCCUCGCCUCCCUCGGAGGAGGGGGCUCGAACGGAGGCCGAUGGAGGAGUGGGCGGAUCGGUGACGGAGACGCGCGCUGCCGCGCCGCCUUCGCUUCUCGCGACGCGCGUGCAGCUGCUCUACAGGUUCCUCCUGCAGCAUCUGGAUGCCUCCCCCGCGCUGGCGUCGGCUGCGUGCGACUUUCUUCCUCCCCUCCUCGAAGCCUCGUCUUUCCUGCUCUCCGAGGCGCAGCGAGAGUUCCUCGCUGCGCAGCGCGCGGGAGCCGAGACCGGCGCAGCCUCUGGAUGUGUGGAGACCGUGCCCUCUCACUGGCCUCAGCCGCAUCCGCCGCGCCCGAGUACGCAGAAUCCGCAGAAUCCUUACCUCCUUCUUCUAAGCUGCGCGACCAAACCGAGCGUCGCGGACAGCCUAAGGCGCGCAAUGACCUCGGCGCCACACUGCUUCUACCCGCCCCCUCCCUCUCCCCUAGUAUUCGGCGUCACGGUCCCCCUGCCGCUGUCGCCGUCCUCUGCGCUGCUGCCUUCGCCCUGCCCUGCUCCUUCUUCCGCUUCCCAUGCUUCGUCUGUAGAUUCUUCGUCUGUUGAUUCUGCCUCUCUUGACUCUUCGUCUUCGUCCUCUGAAGCCUCGUGCCUCUCGCUGCCGGUGGUUGCGCUGGUGACUGCCUUGAGUCGCGCGGCCAAACCGCGGGAGUUGUUCAUCGGUUUGUCUGCCUGUCUGGCGUCUUCCUCGCUAGUGCUGCCGUCUCUGCGGCUGUUGCUGCUGCCUGUGUUGGCCGCCUGCUGCGGCGAAAUCCAGCGCAAGCGCGCCCACUUCGUCGUGCAAGCAUCGACGCUCGUGCUGCACGCGACGCUCAAGACGCGGUCGCGCGCAUUCCACGUGGGACUCCACCAGCGUCUCCGCGGGGGGCCCGCGGCCGAUCCGGCGCGCAGCCUCUGGGGCGACGACGCCGAAGCCUCGUGCUCCAUGUGGGAGCGCACCUUCAGACCGCUUUACCCGCCUCAAGCGCGCCGCUUCGUCUUCCCAGAGGCGGCGGACGACGACUCCACGGCUGCCAAAGGGACAGCUUACCCGGCGCGCCUCUGCGGACACGCCGACGCCGCGUCCGCGGCUCUGGAGCCCGAAGUGGAGCCCGACGGAGACUCCGCGGGACGAGGAGACAUGCCCGCGGCCGUCCUGUUCCCCGCUGCCGCCCCGCCGGCCCUCUGGACGCUCUGCGCACUUACCGGCUUCUUGCGGUGCAUGUGCGUCGCGCUGGCUGCGGCAGAUAUUCGCGAGGGGAGAGUUGACGCGGAAGGUGCCUCGACGCCGGCAGAGGAGCCCGACGAGCGGCGAGGCGACGACCCGCGCGCCGUCGGACCGCUCACGGUGCUGGCGACGUGUCUACGCAUUCUCGAGCUCUUCGUCCCGAUGACGCCCGACGCGCAGUUGGCUCCGCGGGAGACGAGCUGCGACCUCCACGCUGCGCUGCCGCGUGGCGCGCCAGCGCCAUGCGGCGACGAGGCGCACUGGAGUGCCGUCGUGGGCGGGAGCCUCGACGCCUUGCGCGACGCGUGCGCGCGAACGCUGCACUCUUCGGCAUCUCCUCGAUCGUCCCUCGCGGGAACUCGGCCCUCUGCUUCCUCUUCUUGUCCGAGCCUGCCGCAGUCGCUGCCAGGGUUGCUGUCGUGUCUGGGCUCGUUGGUGUGGGCGGCGGCCUUUCUGCACGAGCGGCACCGGGGGGGCCUUCUGCCUUCGUUGACCGGCUUGUUGAACACAACGGCGCUGCCCUCGCCGAACCAGGGGGACCUCGAGAUCUCUCCCUUCUCGCUCGCCUUCCUCACCUACCUGCUCCUGGCGCUCCCGCUCUGCGGCGUCGCCGCCCUGCCGUCUCCGCUCUCGGCGCUGGCGCGCGCGGCGAUGGCAUUCCGCGCCUCGUUUCUGCUGCUGUCGUACGCCAACCCGCAUGCAGCCGCAGCCCUCCAUCGCGUACCCAGUUGCAGCAAGAAGGAACGCGGGGCGGAAGGCGCGGCGUGCGGAAAGGGCGACACGCCUUCCCGCGAGGCGACGGCGCAGCACGCCGCCGCAGCGGCUGCAGUCCACGCCGCAGGCCUGCCCGAGCGCCACACGUGGCUGGUAGAAAGGAAGGCGGAGCAGCUCUGUCUCCUGGCUACUGAUUUCCUCUGUUUCGCGCGCCGAGAACGGCCGCAAGUCUUCGCCGCGCUCGGCGCCGCUGGCUUCUGCCCUCAGCCCUACUGGAAGCUCCUUCUCGCGCUCCUGACGUCCGGGGGUAACGCCGCCGCGACGGCGACGGUCGCCGCGGACGCGCUGCGAUGCACGCGAAACCCAAAAAUGCUGCCUCCGAGGCGGCGAGACAAAACAGGAAAAGAAGGCGACGAGGACGGCAGCUCAUAUCUGUGGUUCCGCGCGCUGCCAGGCAGAGCAGGGGGCGCGAGGGACAUGGAAGACGUCCAGGUCCUCUUUGAAUGCUUCAGUCAGGCGACUGCCAUGUACCCGCUCGCGGUUCAGGAGGAUCUCUGCCUUUCCCUGAUUCACAAGGCGCCACAGUUACCCGACGCGGCGGUCGGCGCGAUUCUCAUUUUGCUGAAACGCCGCUGGACGGAUGCGGUCCUGCGCGUGGCUCGGUGCGAGAGCGACGAGGCCGCGAGCGCCGCUGAGGGCGACCGCCCGCGCGAGGCGCCGAGCGGCGACGCCCUCCGUCGCGAGGACGCACUUCAGGCGGCAGUCGCUGCCUCGGCAGCCACAGAAACUCGCCUGACGGCGUCGGCGUCGCUCCCGCGUGCUGCAGGCUUCGUCUCAGCCGCGCAGGUGGAGAACGCCGAGCUGCUGUGGCGCGUGAUCAAGACGGCGCUACUUGAGGAAGGCGAGGGAACGGUGCUUGAGAACUCCGAGCGCCUCACGACCGUCCUGAACUGGCUCAAGCUCUGUAUCUACAACCCCCCCUCAGCCGGCGCGCGGGAGACGAAGCGCGUCGUCUCGGCGCGCAGCGAGGGCGGCAAAACUGGAAUGGAGCGACCCGAUGCGACACAGAGAGCCGAAAAAGGAGAGGAAGCGGAGGAGGUGGAAGGCGCAGCAGAUCCAGGCGAGGUGCAGGGCGUGGCGGUCAGCCCGUCGCGGAGUGCUUCGCUCGCUGGCCGCGCAGAGGGCAGACAGAGAGGCGUCUUCGAACAGUUUGGCGACUGGCUCCUGGCGCGGGGCGAAGGCGAGCUCACGCGCGCCCUCGAGCAGCUGGCUGCGCGCCUGGAUAUGGAGCACUCCAUUCUGCGCAGGCGAGAAGACGGCGCAGAGGCGGACGCCGCGGGGCAUCAGGCGCCUCUCGCGAGUCUCCUCUCAUCGGUCGCGCGCGAGUGCCUCCACCAGGCGCACAUGCCAGACGGCGUCCUCGCGCAGGCGGGGGGGAUCGGGGCGGGCGCGGCGCAGCUCGAGCUUCUUGUGCCUUCCAGCAGAGGAGGGCGCGGCGCACACGCGGGGACGGGCGCCCUGAAGCCGCGCAAAAGAACAGUCGAGGAGGAAAUGAAGCUCGCGCUCACGCAGCAGGCGCUCAGCGACGUCCGCCAGGCGCUGCAGACUCGGCGAGAGAGACGCCGACGCAGCGCAGCCUAG